CUAGUACUAGUACCGUACUAGAGAGAUUACCUAUUCUGAAUUCCGCAAUGCAGGGCCAGAAACUCCUAGCUAGAUGUUGAUGCCUUCAAAGUUCCACGGCCUCAAUGCUGCCCCAAUCCUGCGUUCUUUCCUGACAUGGAUCCUGCAUUGGCAAACGAUGCAGCUGCGGCCAUUUUGCGUGCAAAGAUUGAGAAGGCAGCAGACGAUCUCCUACAGAAACCUGACUUCGUGUACUCAAUAGACAGUCUUGAGUCAUUCUGCGCUGAUAAGCCGUUUGAGUUCUCCCGCUCCAAUACCAAAGAGUACUUCAAGUAUGCCUUGAUCGGGUUGAGGGGCAGAGGUUUACCACAGGCAGAGGAUUGGGCAGCGAGCCGCAUCCUGGAUGCAAUCGAGGCAGAGACUGCACAGAAGCAGGCAAUCGCCAAAAAGCACGCCGAAAACAGGAAGAGGAGUCGAGAGAUGGCCAGAACAUCCCAUUCUCAGAACAUCAGCGGGGAAAGUGCGAGGGGCUAUUUCACUGUGAAGCACUAUCACUACGACGCAGACAAGGAUGGUGUCUCCUCAGGCAGCGCCAUGAAGAGUCACCGAAACGGGCUCUCUCCAUCCAACAGAGGCCACUCAGAGGCGGCGAGAGGAGCUGGAUCUCGAGGCUCAGGGAUUAGCAGCAAGCCUGCAUGGUCACAUGAGACAACUGCCGCGAACGAAGCUGAGGGUAGUGAUGACGACUCGUCGCUUCCCAUCAAGCGUGCGAGGAGGGACAUGCAGGCACGCUACUUUAACGAGAAUGCUCCUGACAUAACCAACAGCAACCACAGCAAGGAGAGGGGCGGGGUGGGAAGAAGCUCUCCAGCACGCGCUGUCUUUGCUGAGCACCCCGCCAACCUCGCUCCUGAGAACCAGACAGAACACGUGGCACAGGUCAAGGAGGGUGCAGACUCCCCCACCAAGGUGGCGCUGGAGUGCAUGAUCGCUGCCAAGGCCGACGAGCGGCGCAAGUACCACGAGCUGCACCUCCUGCUAGACGACGAGGAGGCCGACGGGGAGGCGGCGAGACGGGCGCAAGCAGAGCACGUCGCAGCACUGCUGAGCCGGAAGAGGUUCACCGACGAGUUCAAGGCCGCUGAGCUGGAGAAGAAGAAGCAGGUCCUCGGCCGCUCCGUAGCCAGCCCGUCGUCCACGGCUCCUGGCCUGUCUGCUGAUCGGGUGCCGUCUGCUGGCAGCACGGGAAAGAGCCUUGGAGCUCUGGCUGGCCUGGCUGCCAAGGACGUCACCUCCCCCGGCCACUUCCGCCAAGCGCGCCAAGCCACGAGCGGGGGUUUGAGGCAGGCGGACAUGUUCCAGGUGGGCGCCCCUCUCGGCCUGUCUACAGAAGCUCGACUGCCUCGGGAGGGCCCCUUCAACAGCAGCCCCCUCCGCAACAGCCCCAUCUUCCCUCUGGGCCUCCCCCCUCGCCCCCCUCAGUUGCUGUACCCCAACGCAGCCACGGGUCGCGGUACGUCUGCCCUCAUGCUCACGGGAGACGCUGGGAACAUGCUACUGGAACAAGUCCCCUUCCCUCCGACCCACCUGGCGCCUCUCCCGGAGACCUACAUGAGGAGCUUAACCCCUUGGCGCCGGACACUGGUCCACGAACAGUUGGGAGGUACCGCUCCGCUCGUGACACGCCUCGACUUUGAGGAUGCUUCCGGUCGCGGUUUCGGAUUGUUCGCCGACAGGUCUCGAGGAGGAGAGGCUUCGCUGAAGCACGGUGCCAGGGAGUUGGAUGCUGAAAUCGGAGCACAACUGGCGGUGAAGCCGAGUCCCCUCAGCCGAUUCAACGACCCGGAAGCGAACGGGCUGGGCCAGAAGACGAUUGCAGCCGGCGCAAAGGGGCUGCACUGUGGGGCCAGUGGGGCGUCGGGCCUCAAAGGGGAUCGGUGGAAGGGAGAGACUGGCGGCCCGCUGGGCGAGAUGGACGAGGUAGAGGACGGCGAGAUUGUCGAUGACGUGGAGGGAAGCGCUGAGGACGAGAAGCUGAUCGUGCCAGCUGGCGGAAAUGGAGCGCUUCCAGAAUCUGCGCAGCUUGACGUGGUUGUGAAAGGCGACGGGCGGCCGGAUGUGUGCCUCGACGUUGUGGAGAAGCAGCAGCAUGGCGCGGCGAACGAGAAGCAGAUCACUCUGGACGUGACGGAGCCCCAGCCCAAUGCACCGGCCGUGGUCAACAGCUUAACCUCUUCCCUGGCGCCCAACAACCUGGACAACAAAAAGGUCGGGUUCACAAUCAGCAGCACCACCACAGUCAUGAAACAGAUCAACCCCAACGGCCAGCAGCAAACCGGUGAGCACUGCAAGAACGUCGAACUGUCCAGCGCCCUCAUCUCCACCACCGCCGCACCGUCGGACGGUGCCGACAGCGUCUUCCCGGUGGGCAGCCAAUCCGACGUGGGACCAUUUGCAGCGGACGACAAGAAGGUUCAUCUACCAGACAAAGUAGAGGCUGAUGUUCGGAGCGACCUUCCGGAAGAGUUGGAGAAGGGCACACUUCGCAAGGAUGAAGACAGGCGCGAGGACACCAAGAAGCUGCUCAAGCUCAACGUCGCCCCCGCGUUCCGCGCAGCAAAAGGAGCUACAAGCUCGAAUUUGCCCAAGGAUGGCGCACCUCAGCCUGGCGAGAAAGUUGAGGACGUCGGCGUUGCGUCGGGCGAAGAGGAGGAACAUUAG